CUCGGAGCUUCGCUAAGCUUGCAGCUAAAUCCUACCAUAGUGCCAUUAGUGGUAAGCAAUUAAGCAGCGUCGCGGCCUCUUGGGUGAGAGAGAGGAGGGACUGGGAUGGAGGCGGGGCUGGCGGCGGGGUACUGGGGCGUGGGCAGGCUGCGGUGCGGGGCGUGCGGGGGCUCGCCGGCGGCGGUGCACUGCCGGACGUGCCCCGGCGGCGCGUACCUGUGCGCGGGGUGCGACGCGGGGCACGCACGGGCGGGCCACGAGAGGGUCUGGGUCUGCGAGGUGUGCGAGCGCGCGCCGGCCGCGGUCACGUGCCGGGCCGACGCCGCGGCGCUCUGCGCCGCGUGCGACGCCGACAUCCACGACGCCAACCCGCUGGCGCGCCGCCACGAGCGCGUGCCCGUGCAGCCCAUCGGGGCGGCCGCGCCCGCCGCGGACCCGCUGCUGUUCGGCUUCGGCGCCGCCGCAGCGGAAGAGAAGGAUGACGCCGCGGCGGCCGCCGGGAUGCUUGCCGGUGGCGCGAUCGGCGGCGGCGCUAAUAGUAAGGUCGACGGGAAGCUGGACUUCCUGUUCGCGGACGUCAUGGACCCGUUCCUCGGCCAGGACUUCGCGAGGUUCCCGCUCGCCGACAGCGUCGUGCCUAACCAUGGAUCAUGCGGCGGCGCGCUGGACAUUGACUUCGGCGGCGCCGCCGCCGCAGCAGUCGCCGCCAAGCCGUCCUACAGCUCCUACACGGCGGCGUCGCUCGGCAACAGCGGCUCGUCGUCGGAGGUCGGCCUGGUCCCGGACGCGAUCUGCGGCCGCGGCGGGAGCGUGACCGGCGGCGUGAUCAAGCUCGACUUCGCGCAGUCCAAGGCGGCCUACCUGCCGUACGCCGCAACUCCUACCCACAGUGUGUCGUCUUUGGACGCGGGGGCGACGCCGGAUCGCAGCGACGGCGGCGUCAUGGCCGGCAGGGUCGCCGCGACGGCGCCGGCGGCCGUGGAGAGCCGGGAGGCGCGGCUGAUGCGGUACCGCGAGAAGCGCAAGAACCGGCGGUUCGAGAAGACGAUCCGCUACGCGUCCCGCAAGGCCUACGCCGAGUCGCGGCCGCGCUUCAAGGGGCGCUUCGCCAAGCGCGCCGACGACAACGACGCCGACGCCGACGCCGACGCCGAGGCGGCCGGCUUCCCGACCGCGGCCGCCGCCGCGCCGCCGCCGAAGCAGCCGCAGGCGCCGCAGCCAGCCGCUUACCACCCCUACGUGCUCGACUUCGCCGCCGGCUACGGCGUCGUGCCCACCUUCUGAUCGACGCGCCGCUGGCGUCGUGUGUGAUUGCUGCGCCGCGUGCCACGUUUUUGAGCCGGCCGAUCGAUCGAUCCGCGCCGGCGUAACGCACGCAUCGGUGUUCGACGCGCGUGCCGUCGUGCUGCAUGCGCGCGUGUUUGCUAGAACGGUGAAGCUCUAGUUGGCGAUCACCGGUUUUGGGCUGGCCUCGAUCGGUUAAAUUAGCAGGCUAGGGCGUACUUCCUAGUUCCUACUACGUGUUUGCUGGAAACGGCAAGUUUCCACUUUCCAGUUCUGUAAUUUUGGAUCAGGGAGAUGCUUAGCAUCUGACGAAGCUCUUUGAAUGAUUCGCUAUGCUAGUAUUUGUUUGGAACGCCA